AUGAAUCAGGUCAUACCUCUAAGAAAUUCGUACUCUGUGGGGAGCUCGAGGGAAACCCGGUGCGGAAUCGCUGGAGGAGCGGUGGAUCUCGAUGAGGCGAGACGGCGUGGCGUAGAGAGAGAAAUGGGCAAGGAAGGAGAAAGAGGAGCUGUUUGGGGCACCUACACUGGCUAUGGCCAGCCGCACAAGGAUACCAGCAUCGGGGACUGUCAGCCAUCUCGUGGGCAGUUUGUAGUGUUUUUCUUGCGGCGAUCUAGGGCGUCGACAAGCGUCUUGUCCUACGCCAAGUUUUUCACGUGCGCUUUUUGGUGGGGACUGCAGGGAUUGCAAGGGUCUCUGUGUGUCGGGCGCUGUCCACGUGCAGGAUGCAUGUCGGGCACUGAAAGUGUGCUUGCGCGUUGGGCACUGCAUGCAUUGAGAACAGUCCGUGCGCGUUGGGCACUGACGUGCAGAUCACGAUCGUCGGAUGCUAGCGAGUUUCUCGCGGGUCUGUGCAUCACUGCACGGGUUGUUGUCGGGGAUCUCGUAGUCUGCUCAGAUGCCACCGAGUUGUGUGCGAUCGAGCAGGCAUCACCGAGCAUGGGUCACUUGGAGUUCAAACCGUCGUUACCGUUCUCGGGAAUUGCGCACGAAAACGGAACGAGGGUUGACGCACAACGAGGCUCAACGGCUCACGCUCGGCUCGCCGAAGGACUCUCGGAGGAGCUGCAGGGUCGCGGCCUUCCUCGACGGGGAUCGGCUGAGGCUCGCGGUGGAGUAGCGGCGACGAACGAGCUCGACGAGUCGCUGAAGAGAGUCGUGACAUCGCUGGGGGCGGCUGAUUGCGGCGGCGGGCAGAGGCUCGCCGGAAAAGUUCCGCGUGAAGGGAGAGAUCGCCGGACGUUGCACACGGGGUGCUCAUCGCGGAGUUGCUGCUCGCCGGCAGAGGAACUCGCUGGUGGUCUGGUCGCGGCGAAACUAAUCGGAGAUGAGGUGAUGAUAGGAGAUGAUAGCGACUCGCGAACAGGGAAAGAGGAGGGGUCACGGUGUGGCGAGGUCGCUGUUCACAGCGCGGUGACUUGCGCGGAGGCUGAGUCGCGGCGAGAGGAUCUGCAGGCGGGGUCGUCGGUGAUCGCUAGUUCACACUUUGGACGGCACAAAUCCUCGUCGUUUGCUACUUGCUGUCGCCGGAGGUGGAAGCUCACGGCUACUCGCUGGAAAAAUUCAAGGCCGGCUAUGCGGUGGUGCGAGAUGACCUCGGCUUGGCCGGACGACUGCUGUCACGCGAACACGGUCGGCGGGUUGCUGCUUGAAGUCGCCGACGGUCAGCUUUCUUGGGUGAUGACGAUGAACGGACCACCGCUCUCGAUGCGCUGCCAUGGAGUAUCGUCGGUGAAGGCGGCAAUAGGUGGAUCGCGAGGGUCAAAGGACUCGCCGGCUACAGAGGAACACGCCGUUGACAGCUUGCUCGCGAUGAGCUGCUCUUGUGGCGGUAGCUCGCCGGAGACGAAAGGCCGAUCGAAUUUCUCAGGAUGGAGCUUUGGACGGCACAAAUCCUCGUCGUUUGCUACUUGCUGUCGCCGGAGGUGGAAGCUCACGGCUACUCGCUGGAAAAAUUCAAGGCCGGCUAUGCGGUGGUGCGAGAUGACCUCGGCUUGGCCGGACGACUGCUGUCACGCGAACACGGUCGGCGGGUUGCUGCUUGAAGUCGCCGACGGUCAGCUUUCUUGGGUGAUGACGAUGAACGGACCACCGCUCUCGAUGCGCUGCCAUGGAGUAUCGUCGGUGAAGGCGGCAAUAGGUGGAUCGCGAGGGUCAAAGGACUCGCCGGCUACAGAGGAACACGCCGUUGACAGCUUGCUCGCGAUGAGCUGCUCUUGCGGCGGUAGCUCGCCGGAGACGAAAGGCCGAUCGAAUUUCUCAGGAUGGAGGUAA